GUUUCAUUUUGCUGCGCGAGAGAGAAAGAGAAAGAGAGAGACAAUGCCGUUGGUGAGGUUCAAGAUACGGAACGAGCUAAGCUUAGGUGGGCCGGAGAUUCAGCGUAGCGCCGCCGUGGAAGAUGAAGAACCUAAGGCGAUUCUCGGCGCUGUUGAAGUGGCUGGACUCAUCGGUAUUCUUCGUCAGUUAGGCGAUCUCGCUGAAUUUUCCGCAGAAGUAUUUAACGGCUUACAAGAAGAAGUAACUGUAACGGCAUCUAGGUGUCAGAAGUUGACAAGCCGUGUUAGACGGAUAGAGUCAGCGCUGUCACCUCUUGAAAAGGCUGUUCUCUCACAGACAAGCCACAUACACUUUGCAUACACUGCAGGUUCCGAGUGGCAUCCUCGUAUAAGGAAUGGACAUAGUCAUUUUGUUCAGAGUGAUUUACCACUGUGUGUUAUGGAAAGUUAUGAACAAUGCAGAGAUCCUCCUCCGUUGCAUCUGCUUGACAGAUUUUCUGUAGGUGGUCCUGGAUCGUGUCUGAGAAAAUACUCAGACCCAACAUUCUUUAGAAAGGAAUUAAGCAACACCAGUAAAACAGAUGAUAUCAAAGUCCAGAGAGAUCAGGCUCACCGCAAAAGAAAGAAAAAGAGGUUACCACAAAGAAACAUUUGCAGAUCAAAUGCAGUGUCUACAUCUGAUGAAACUAAUGGGGCUCAUCUCAGUAAUCUUACUGAUGACAGACAAACAACUUCUCAGAGUACGUCCACAGUUGACAUGCCACGUAGCUCUAAUAUGCAAGAUUUAUCUGAUACCGUAGACCAAUCUCAUCUGCAAGGGCAGUCAGAUGCGCAAGAACAAAGUGAAGCACAAGUACAAUCUGAUUUCCAAGAGUCAUCAAAAGCUCGCGAUUCUAUAACUGGUUCAGGUUAUAUCGAGUAUGUCAUCAAUCAAAGUCCUGUUAAUGAGCCUGAAGUGAAGCUAGUAGAAGGAUUUUUGUCUGGGUCCUUACAACCUGUUGAUAGAAUAGGUUCAGCUGUUCCUGCAGGCUGCAUUGAAGUUGUAGAUGAUAAUAUCCUAUAUAACCCCUCAGAAGACCUACAUGUGCCUUGUGCUUCUAUUGUUUGUGAUGAGAAGAAAGAAACACUUGAAUCAAUGGUGGUGGAGAAAAGCAGCGAAGAUGAUGAACCAUCAGAGAUACAUGAGUCAAAAUUUGGCCCAGUAACACCAGACAGGGUAAGGCAAAAUCAAAGGGACUUUGAUAGGACGUAUAUUUUGUUUGAUGAGGUAGAUAUUGUAGGAGAAAAACAAAGUAAGAGCCAGGCCAACAAUAUUAAUGGAACACUAGGAACUGAGAACGAAGGAGAAAAUAAGAGUGAACAUGAGAGUGAAGCAGAUGAAUUUGUGGAUGCACGUAAUACAAUUGAAUCAGAAUCGGAGAGUGAUAUGGAUGGAGUACCAAAACCGAAACUGGAGCAUUACUUUGGGGAUAUUAGUACUUAUUGUUCGGAAGAUGCUAACAGUGACAACGAUGAUGGAUCAGAAGAUAUACAAUAUGAAGAAAUGGCACAUGAUCCACGCCAUGAAAAUUCUGAAGAUGAAUCUUGUUCAGGUUCUUACCUUCCUGAAGAUUCAAAUGUUUCAUGUUACAUGUCAGAUCCAGUGUGUGAGAAAACUCUGUCUCAUGAUGAGAAUUCUCAAAAGCCAUGGGAAUUUUUUGCUAGCUGCCCUUCGUUAUUGGCUGAAAAAGCCUUUCCGGAUGUAACAAUUUUGCGAGAAGAACCUGUCGCCGCACAUCACGUGUUGGCAGGAGACGGUGCUAAUGAAAAGAUAUCAUCUAAAGAACCUAUUUUCCCAUACCCGUGUCUGAAAGAUUCUAUUCCUGCUGAAAAGAUCUUGCCAGAAGAACAUUUGGUCAACUAUCCAUCUCUCGCAGAAGCUAUUCCCCAAUUGCCUGAAGAAGAGAUUUCACAGGAAGAAACUGCUGAUGCCACACAUACAUCUGAAGCUGUUAGUGAUGAAGAAAUCUCCGCAGAAGUUUCUGAUUCCACAAAUUUGUCUCUUGAAGAAGCUCUUCCACAAGAGCAAAUCUCACUUGAAGAAUUUGUUGGCAUAAAUCAGUGUUUGGCAGAAGCGGUUCCUGAUGAAAGGUUCUUGCUAGAAAAGCCUUUCGAAACGUAUUCUUCUUUGGCAGAAUUGCAGAAAGAAAAGAUUUUGCAUGAAGAAGCUGAUGAUGGCAUGCGCACAUGUCUUUCUGAAGCUUUUACUGAUGAACAAAUCUCACCUAAAGUUCUUGAUUCCAAAAAUUCGCCUGUGGCAGAAGCUGUUCCACAUGAGCAAACCACACUUGAAUAUUUUGUUGGCAGAGAUCCAUGUUUGGUAGAAGCUGUUCAUGAUGAGAGGGUUUUUCCAGAAGAACAGGUCACCUCAUGUAUCUAUUUAACAAAUGUGGUGCCUAUUGAAGAAAUCUUGCCAGAAGAACCUUUAGAUGCGUGUGCAUCUUUGGGAAAAUUGCCUAAAGAUAAGAUCUCACAAGAAAAAUCUGAUGAGGCUACACAUCCGUCUUGUGCCAAAGCUGAAAGUCAUGAAAAUGUCUCACUGCAAGUUCUUGAUUCCACAAAUUUGUCAGUGGCAGUAGCUAUUUCACAUGAGCAAACCACACUGGACGAAUUUGUUGGCGUAGAUCCGUAUUUGGGAGAAGCUGUUCUUGAUGAAAGGGGUUUGCCAGAAGAACUUGACACCACAUGUCUGUCUUUGACAAAAGCCGCGCCCCUCGAAACAAUCUUUCCAGAAGAACGUCCCGAAGUGUAUCCUUCUUUGGAAGAAUUGCCAGAAGAAAAGAUCUCGCAAGAAGAAGAAGCUGAUGAUGCUACUCAUCCAUAUUUUUCUGAAGCUGUUUGUGAUGAGAAGAUCUUGCCACUGGAAGAUCCUGGCUCAGAAGCUCCUGGUUCCACAACAGAAACUGGUACACAGAACAAAACCUUCACUGAAGAACCUUUUGCCACGGAUAUUUCCUUGAACGAAGCAGUUUUUGAUGAAAAGAUCCCAGGCUCAGAAGCUUCUAGUUCCACAACAGAAACUGGUCCACACAACAAAACCUUCACUGAAGAACCUUUUGCCACGGAAAAUUCCCUGAACGAAGCAAAUUUUGAUGAAAAGAUCCCAGGUUCAGAAGCUCCUGGUUCCGCAACAGAAACUGGUCCACAGAACAAAACCUUCCCUGAAGAACCUGUUGCCACAUAUAUUUCCUUGAACAAAUCAGUUUUUGAUGUAAAAAUCCCAAGCUCUGUUUCCACAACAGAAACUGGUCCACACAACAAAACCUUCCCUGAAGAACCUGCCACGGAUCUUUCCUUGGUCAAAGCUGUUUUUGAUGAAAGGAUCCCAGCCCCAGAAGCUUCUAGUUCCACAACAGAAACUGGUCCACACAAUAAAACCUUCCCUGGAGAACCUGUUGCCACAACUCUGUCCUCGACCGAACCUGUUUUUGAGGAAAAGAUCCCAGACUCAGGAACUCCUAGUUCCUCCACAACAGAACCUGAUUCACACAACAAAACCUUCCUUGAAGAACCUGUUCCCAACGAAAAUAAUUUGCCAAAAGAACCUGCUGCUGCAUAUCUGGCUUUGGCUGAAGGUAUUCCUGACCAAAAAGUAUUCUUGGAUGAUGCCGCACUUUUGUUAUUUGCAGAAGCUAUUUUCGAUCAAAAGUUUUCACCAGAAGUUCCGGAUUCCACAUAUCCUUCUUUGAAAGAACCAGAAAUGCAUGUUGCCGCACCAUCUUUAGUAACAGAUCUUCCUGCUAAAAACAUCAAGGUAAAAGAAGGUGAAGUACAUAAUGAACCCUACACAGCAUCUGACGUUUCUAUGAAUCAGAAGAGUGGUUUAUUGGAACCAGAAUCUACUGAAAGAACAAUUCCCUCCACUGGUGGUACUGUCUCGCUUUCUCCAGAAACUCAGAAAUCUCUUCCAAGUGGUACAAGUGUUGAAUCAAUAAGUAUAUGGAGCAAUGGAGGACUCCUUGGACUUGCGCCAUUGAAACCUCCAGUUUUUGCUGAGCCUAAUUCUGUAAGCCAACAUAUACAGAACGAGAUCAACGAAGCUAGUGUUCUUUCGACAAGGAAGCGGGAAGCAUCAAGCCGAUCAGUUGAAAAUACUGAGAAGAGCUCACUUCCAUUAGUUGUUUCAGAUCCCACGUCUCAACAACACAGCAACAUGUCGAGUCUCUCUCACAUGCAGAGCACUGGAACAUCAUUCAGAGUUUUUGGCUUAAGUCAUAGAUUACUCAUGGCUGGGUUUCGAGGAAACUCUUCUUCAACUUGCAAAUUUGAAUCCGUACCUAGUAGUAGCUAUGAUACCGGGGUAGCAGCUAUCGAAGACAAGACUCGGAAAACUCCUGGUGGCUCAAGCUUUGAGGAGCAAUUGGAUUAUGAAUCAUCUCUCUUUGGCUCGCCUACUUCAUCACCACCGGUUGAACAUAUGAAAAUAUCAUUCAACACAAUAGAAGCCUCUCCAGUUCCUAAAUUGAAACUGAGAAUCCCAUGCCAACCUCGGUACAAUGGUGAAAAUGCGGAUAUGUUCCCUUCGUUUCAGUUGGUUCCAGAGGCUAGCAACUCCGAAGACGACGACGACAACAGUGACACCUUUUGUCAGUCAUCUCCUUGUGCUUCCGACAAUUAUUUGUCAAAUUCUGAGCUGUGGGAAUCUGAUGAAAGCCCUAGAAAAUCUGUAUCAAGCUUGAAGCAAAUUGAAGAGAGAAGUAGACAUGGUGAUAUGGGUUCUUUUUCUGGUUCGUUUCUUGAUCUUCCAUGUUACGACGCUGUAGAUCAUCAAUCCACAUCUUCAAGACUAGAGCAAGAACAAGUUCCAGAACACAAACCAUCUGUCUCAGAGAUCAUCCGUCAUUGGCCACCAAACCAACCAAAAAGCAGUCCCAGUAAUGAAGCAAACUUAGACGCAAACACGGUUCUGAAGAAAAAGCAAGAUCAAUCUCUCGGGCUUGUAGCUACAGAUGAUGACGGUGAAAGCUAAAUCGGUGAUAGUGUUUGUCUUGAUGAACAUAAAACCAAAAGGAUCUAAUUGAUUCUUUGUUGUACAUUCCUCUCUGUCAUUUCAUUUUUCAGGUAAACAAACACUAUUUAUAAAAUCAGAAAUUUAAA